AUGAACCGGAAGAGCUUGCAAGUCCGAGCCAUCACUGCGUUAGCACUUCUCCACGCCACGGCGCAUGCACUCGACUACGACUGCGAAUACGAAGGGUACCUGUCCCGGAGUGGCGUUGCUGCCUGGAUUGAUGUCGAUACCCCACUGGGCGUCCCGACAAAAGUGUCACCGCGGGGAGAAGUGUGGGAUCUCGUCAUGAGCGACGAGAUCGAGAUCGAAGGCGGAUGGCGUCAAUGCUGCCAUCGGGCUACAGCCAGUACUGUGUGUAAGGCAAGGCGUGCGAUAUCCCGGCGCCUACUUCCCCGACGUCCCGGUCGCGACGCGAAUGCAGAUUUGGGACUCAUCGACGGCAAGGGACAUCUCCACUGCGGCAUCAACUACAAUGGGACGUGCUUUCCCGUCGCGAACGGGUACAUUGGAGCGUUUUUGUGCGACUCGGAUGCAAGGAACCUCAAGAGUUUUACCUUUACCAAGUCGAGUGCUCUGGCCGACUGGGUGCUGGGCGAGUCGGGGUAUGUCCGAUGGAUGCUCGAAGGCGCGCCGCUGUUCGCCUACAGCGUACACCAGCACCACGUCGGUCGUUACUACGAUCGAGUUUGCAAGCAGUCCGGGAGAAGUUGA